UGAGUGCACAAGCCUCUAUAAAGAUGCCGCCGUUAAAUCCCUCAAGGUCUGCGUGCCCGCCAGCCAAGGCCUCUUCGGCGUAGCAGGCCCUCCUGGGAAAGCCGGUCCACGUGGCCGAGCGGGGCCCGCUGGAAAAGCCGGGCCGCCGGGUAGGGAUGGUCUCCGCGGGCAGCCUGGUCCGCCCGGCAAGGAAGGGCCACAGGGCGAGCGCGGCCCCAUCGUUGUGGGGCUCCCUGGCGUGCCUGGGGCGGUGGGGCCCCCCGGCGAAAAGGGAGACCCAGGAAGCUCGGGCCCUCGCGGAAGACCAGGAAAGAAAGGAAAACGAGGACCCCGAGGCAAGAAAGGCAAAGCAGGCAAAGCAGGCAAGAAAGGGAAGAGAGGCAAGAAGGGGAAAAGAGGGCCACGUGGCAGGGCAGGACGACAUGGCCCUAUAGGUCCACCUGGUCUACCUGCCCUACCAGUUGGCUGUGGUAAAGCGACGAUGCACCAGCUUCGUCCUUCGGGUGAACCCCCAUUGCUAAGAGGAAGAUUACGCCUUGGAAUACCUCCGGCUGACACCACCCAAACGGAAGACGACAUCCUCUGCAUAGACGAGCCUGUCACAUUCCGAAAUGGACUUGCCCUCCAGCAGGUGACUCCUGCUCCUUCGCCAGGCACUUUGGUAUACCUGGAGGAGGAGGACUCGUUCGUCGGCCGCGUGAAAAGGGGUUGGCGUUAUAUCAGGAUGGGUACAAUGAUGCCUGACUAUACUAGAUUGAGAGACCGACCACUUGCCCCUUCAGGUGGCAAAGCCCUACGAUUAGCAGCCCUGAACACGCCCCUCGAUGGCAACAUGGGCGGUCUCCGGCGUGCGGACCGACGAUGCUUCAGGCAGUCACGACAAGCGGGUCUUCGCGGUACGUUCAGGGCCCUCCUCACCUCGAACACACAGGACCUGAACUCCAUCGUGCGUCGCCAGGACAGGCAUCUCCCCAUCAUCAAUCUCCAGGAUGAGAAACUGUUCGAAAGCUGGGACAGCAUCUUUAGCGGGACUCAGGCCAUCUUCGCCAAAAGGCCCAGUCUCAUCAGCUUCGGUGGAGACAACGUGAUGGAAAACUUUAUUUGGCCGUCGAAGCACGUCUGGCACGGAUCCGGGGUGACGGGGAAUAGGUCCGCGAUUGCCUGCGACGGAUGGACGAGCAACGACAGGAGAAACCGAGGCCUGACGUCUUCGCUCGAGUUGUACAGACUUCUCGGACAGCACACCCAUUCUUGCGAGAGACAGCUAGUCGUGUUGUGCAUUGAAGUUACCAGUGAACGUUAGACGUUGUUAGCAUUAUUGUUAUCAUUAAUAUAAUUAAUUUAACAUUACUUGCCAAGUGCCCUACCGUGUGACGUCGAAAGUAGCUCAGGUCUGCCUUGACAUUGUUAGUUGUUUUUUAGUUGUGUAUCCUUUAUACAGUAGAAAAAAAACUAAAAGCACAGUGUAAAAAGAGGUCCAGUCAUUGCAUAAAUGUAUCACGCAAAGGAUCGGUGGCUUUCAUCGUUGUUUACCUUAAAUAGUACAAAUUGUUUUCGAGUACAAAAGACCAGUGUCUAAUGGUAAACUUGGAAGAACACUGUGAUACCCGACCCAUUUACCUUUUUCUUGCUCGACCAAAACCUCAACCGUAACCCCACCUUCAGCUGUUUGUUACUAAUAUCAUUAUGAUUAUUAUCACUGAUAUCGUUGUUAUCAUUAUUACUAUUACCAUUAUUAUUGUUACUUCUCAUUAUUAGUUAUCAGUAAUAAUAUUAAUAUUAUUAU